UCAGGAAAAUCCAAGGUGUAUCAAGGUGUUCGAGUAAAGAUCACUGUGAAAGAGUUAUUACAGCAGAGGAGAGCACGACAAGCAGCAACUGAUGCCACUGUUUCCCGAGGCAGCAGUAGUGUCCAGUUUCCAGAAUCUGUUUCUUCUCCCUGCACAGCACCUUAUUUUGAUGCAGAACCUCUCUCUUCUGCCCCCAACUAUUUCCAGCCACGGCAGUUUCCAAAUUGCAUUUCCUGUGAAGAAAACCCAAGUUAUUUGGAGCAACUUGUUGAUACCUAUCUUCAGACAGAGCCGCCCAUGGACCCAUCCCUGAGUGCUCUACAGACGUCUACCUACUAUAACCCAGACACCUUCCAGUCAACCCCUCUCUGUUUUAACCAGAGCCUGGUUCCUGGAUCUCCUGCCUCGUCUGACCUGUCCAGCCCAUUAGACUAUAGCUACUCCCCACCUCAGCUGCCUCCUUUUCCUCCACUGAACUACAGCCCUCUUUCUCCUCUAGACACCACGAACUACGGCUAUCCUCUAGAGGAGUGCUCACAUCCGCAGUACAGCUGCUCCCCCUCGGCCUGUUACUGCUCAUCCUGUGCCUCAGAGCACUUGGAUACGUUCAGAGUAUCCGAGUAUUUCCCCUACCCAAGUGCAGACUGUAUGGACUGUCCUGGCACCGUGACAAUGGCAGAUGACUUCUUUAGAAGGGAUAGAAACUACGACAUCUGCUACAGUUAAUGGAGAUGAUGGUUUUAUAUAUAUGUACCUACGUACAGGUAUCCAAAUCAGCUAACUGCCUAUGAACUAUGCAAAACAUCAUUGUCUAACACAAAGUUCAGUUUACUCUACACUACUUAGCCUGGUAUGCUCCAGGUGUUAAUUUAGUCCUCCUGGGUAACAAUAUUUUAAGACUCACCGCAUUGCUACAGUUGUCCUUCU